AUGAACAGCCAGGGUUCAUCACAGAAAGCAGGGACACUCCUACUGGUGAUGAUGUCAAGCCUGCUGUUCUGCCAAAAUGUACACCCCCUGCCUAUAUGUCAUAGUGGGUAUUGCGAGAUGUCCCUCUGGGAGCUGUUUGACCGCGUUACAAUGCUCUCCCACUACAUCCACAGCCUGUCAACAGAAAUGUUCAUUGAAUUUGAUAAACUGUAUUCGCAUGACCAUGAGUUUAUUGCCACGGCCAUCAGUGACUGCCCUACUUCUUCCCUGGCUACCCCUGAAGACAAGGAACAAGCUCAGCAGAUCCCUCCCGAAGUUCUUCUGAACCUGGUCCUCAGUUUGGUACACUACUGGAAUGACCCUCUGUAUCAACUAGUGACUGAAGUAGGUAGUAUCCAUGAAGCCCCUGACGCUAUCAUAUCAAGAGCCAAAGAGAUUGAAAUACAAAACAAGCGUCUUCUAGAGGGAAUUGAGAAGAUACUUGGCCAGGCCUAUCCUGAAGCCAAAGGAAAUGAGAUCUACUCCGUUUGGUCCCAACUUCCAUCCCUGCAAGGAGUUGAUAAAGAAUCCAGAGACAAGGCCAUUUAUAACAAGAUUCGCUGUCUGCGCAGGGAUUCCCACAAGAUUGACAAUUUCCUUAAGUUCCUGAGGUGCCGAGUUGUCUAUAACAACACCUGCUGA